UCAGCCCGACGCAAGAGAUGAAACUCCGGUAAUGUCAGUCGAACCCGAGUGGCAGCCCCACAUCCAGCAAGCCCAUUGGAGGAGUAUUAUUUUCACGUGCUCCUGAGGGCCGUCUCUGUUUUCUUUUAUUUUCUAUUUUUAAAAAGUAUUAAUUAUUCGACUCUCUGUCUUGCUUCAUUUGUAUCAGUGUCUUGUUUGGCCUUUUGCAUUGGCUUUUUUCGCGUGUUGGGCUGUAUGUAACUUGUGUGUGUGUUGGGGAUUUGGAGGGAUGGGAGGAGAAUCAAAGGGGUUGGAGGAGAAUGACCAAACAGGGGAUAAAAGCCAAGAGCAGCAACAGCACAACCACAUGGAAUUUGUGGGGGAUUGGAUGAAAAUGUCUGUAAAAGAUUACAAGAAUCAUUCCCGAAUCUAUAGGAUUUUACAAUAUCAGAGAGAUUGGAUGAGAAGAGGGUGCAUGCGUUUUUGGAGUAGAAGAGAGGAUGGAAAGGAGAGAUUUCCUGUUUUGGGAAGUGAGUUUGCUGGUUUUGGUAUGGAUGGAGAGCUCCAAUGCAAGCCUUUCUCCUUCUGGAAUAAACUACGAAGUUGUAGCUUUGAUGGCUAUAAAAAGUAAUCUGCAUGACCCAUACAAUGUGUUGGAGAACUGGGAUAUUAACUCGGUGGAUCCUUGUGGAUGGAGGAUGGUCACCUGCUCUGCUGAUGGCUCUGUCUCUGCCUUAGGGCUGCCUAGCCAGAGCUUGUCUGGAACCUUAUCUCCAGGGAUUGGGAACCUCAGUAAUCUACAAUCUGUGUUGCUGCAGAAUAAUGACAUUUUGGGUCCUAUUCCUGCUGAUAUUGGAAUGCUGGAGAAGCUUCAAACGCUUGAUCUCUCAAACAAUCGGUUCAGUGGCGGAAUACCCAGUUCAUUGGGCAACCUGAAGAACCUGAACUAUCUGCGACUGAAUAACAACAGCCUUUCUGGACCCUUGCCUGAAUCUCUGUCUGACAUCAAAGGUCUCACUCUCCUAGAUCUUUCUUACAACAAUCUGAGCGGUUCCUUGCCAAAAAUUUCAGCUAGAACUUUCAACAUUAUUGGGAAUCCUCUGAUUUGUGGGCCAAGUCCGGAAAACUACUGUUCUGCCAUGUCUUCGGAACAACUUUCGUACCCACCAGAUGCUUUUAAAGCUCAGUCACAAUCUGGAGGAAUGAAAAGCCGCAGGGUAGCUAUCGCAUUUGGUGCAAGCCUCAGUUCUGCUUUUGUAGCGAUUGUUGCUGUUGGGUUGCUUCUUUGGCGGCGGCACAUACACAAUCAACAGAUUUUCUUCGAUGUCAAUGAUCAAUAUGAUCCGGAGGUAUGUUUGGGUCAUCUGAAGAGGUUUUCAUUAAAGGAACUUCGUGCCGCCACCGAUCAUUUCAAUCCGAAAAAUAUAUUGGGGACGGGAGGAUUUGGGAUAGUGUACAAGGGCUGCUUGCAAGAUGGUACACUAGUGGCUGUUAAAAGGCUGAAAGAUUAUAACGCAGUAAGUGGCGAAGUUCAAUUCCAGACGGAAGUCGAGCUGAUUAGCCUGGCUGUUCAUCGGAAUCUCCUCCGGCUUUCCGGGUUCUGCAUGACGGAGAGUGAGCGGCUCCUCGUGUACCCUUACAUGCCAAAUGGAAGUGUUGCUUCUCAGUUACGAGAUCAUGUUCAUGGCAAGCCGGCCUUAGACUGGCCGAAACGGAAGAGAAUAGCACUGGGAACAGCCCGUGGGCUAUUGUAUUUGCACGAGCAGUGCGACCCAAAAAUAAUCCAUCGCGAUGUAAAGGCUGCCAACAUUCUUCUUGACGAGGACUACGAGGCAGUCGUUGGAGAUUUCGGAUUGGCGAAGCUGUUGGAUCACCAAGAUUCCCACGUGACCACAGCCGUGCGUGGGACCGUUGGGCAUAUCGCUCCGGAGUAUUUACAGACUGGCCAGUCGUCGGAGAAAACCGACGUCUUUGGCUUUGGUAUUUUACUCCUUGAGCUGAUUACAGGUCAGAAGGCAUUUGAUUUUGGACGGGCGGCUAACCAGAAAGGUGCAAUGCUCGAUGCGGUGAAAAAGCUCCAUCAGGAGAACAAGCUGAAUGUAUUGGUGGACAAAGAUCUAAAGAACGAUUUCGACCAGAUCGAAUUGGAGGAGAUGGUCCAGGUCGCGUUGCUAUGCACGUGUUUCCACCCUUGCCACCGCCCAAAGAUGUCUGAGGUGGUAAGAAUGCUGGAAGGCGACGGCCUCGCUGAGAGAUGGGAGGCCUCACAGAAGAUUGAGACACCCAGGUUCCGGUCAUCAGAGAAGCUGCCUCAGAAGUACAUGGACUUCGUCGACGAAUCUUCGCUUGUAGUCGAACCAAUGGAGCUUUCCGGCCCGAGAUGACAUGAACGUGCAUGCUGUGGGCACGCCCAUCAGGUACGUGUUGCUAUGUGGGGCCCCAUAUGGACGCUUGGUCAGGUGAUUGUAAUCAUCCGUCGAUCUGGUGGCAGUUGAAUGUGAACCAUUUGUACGGUGGAAGGUACAUCAUCCAUGAGCUAUGUGGAUCGACAGUCGUUGUAAUCCGAUCACGGCAUCAUAAAUGAAGCUGGUCAGUGGUUCACAUUCUAUUGAAAAUGAAUGUUCUGUACUGGGAUAUUGGAUCGUCGUGAUUUUUUUGCUCAUGUUCCCAUCCAAAUGGGCUGAGUGGGCGGGCCAUUUGGAUCGUAAUCGUUCGUGCAUGGACCACCUGACAUAACCCGCUUCAUAAUUUACUGUAAGUUGGGAGAGAUUGGAAAUGGAAAAUAUAUGAUUUUUAAUGGAAAUUUUGUGUUCAUAGCA